AGUGCCCGCUGUGUCCUCUGUGUGAAACACCGAUCGUCGGACGGGACCUCUGUACGAGGUCCCGAUCAUGUGAUCACUGAUUGGCCAAUCAGUGAUCACAUGCAAAGUAGUAAGCAAGAUGUCACUUCUGACAUCAUUGCUUACUAUGUGUGAAAUCUGUGAAUGAUCACAGAGGUCACAUGGUACAAGGCUAUUCACAACAGCCUUGUACCAUGUGACAAGCUGUGACCAAUCAAAGCUCACACAGUAGUUCUCAAUGGCUGCAAGAAUGCAGCCAGAGAGGAGAAAUUAUUACUU